AUAUGAUACAUAUGAUAUUGAAUGAGUGAAUCCAACGGUGACGGUGACACUGCUAACAAACGCAACCCCGCAGUUGAUGGAUUGCACUUACAGAAAAGAUUUUGUGGGAUUCGAGUAGGAGGAUUUGAAUUUCAGGGUUUCAGGGUAGUUCAUCACUGUAAACCUCAGCACCGUAAACCACAGGACAUUGAUUCCAUUGACGCCCCCACACCGUCAUGAUAUGAAUGUCACGGGCAGGUCAUCCGCAAUCCUACUCCCGCGGACGAGGAAUAGCAACUGCAGCAGGUGGCCGCUGCGUCCCUCCGGCAGCGAAAGACGACGCCUUCGUGGAGAAAGAGGCGAAUAUUCCCACACUGUACAAACCACCGCAAGCUGCUGGUACCAUCGUUCCAGUUACAGCUAUGAUCAACACUAUCGCAAUCCUUACACUUCGGUGGUUCUGUCCAACGUUUAUCCCGAUGUGAGCGCUUCGGCGGCUUGCGUCCGAACCAACUCGAUUGUGCAUGGAUUGGCGGCACUGGGAACCAAGAAACAAAAAAAGAUUCCUAGAGUUACUAAUAGCUACAUGGAUGGACCGACACCAUCAAUAGACGGUAACGACUGUGAUGACGAUCGGGAACAGCGUACUAUUUCCGGAACAAUCAAUCCGAAUCGCGUCUAUUACGCGACUUCGGUUGAUCUCCAAGGAAAAGACAAAAAUCCCUUUGGAACCAAUCCUGCCAUUCGUAUGAUGCACCUUCCACCAAAUCAGUCGGAUCGAAUGGAAACCCUCGUGGCAGCGAUCACCGAUGAGAAAAAAAUGAAAUUGGUCACUGAUGCUUUUGAUGACAAUCAAAAUACUGCCAACCAAAACACCAGUUUCCACCUUGACGAUGAUGAUGAUGACGACCAGAACGACGCGUGCAUUGAAAACAAUGGAGAUCAUUGUAAAAACGACAAAUACAAUUACAAUUACUUCGAUGCCAACACAACCGUCGACCGCAACACCGUUGAUCUGGUGGUAUUCGAUCGAUUUUUCAUGGAAGAGGCCCAUUCCUUUCGGUUUCGACAACAAUUUCCUUCCGCGGCCCUGGUAUUGGACAUGCAAGACAUGCAUUCCUUGAGAUGGAGCCGGCAGAAAAUCGUCCAAGAGUGGGACAAAAAAGAACGCCAACAAAAGCUUCAAAAUCGCGAUCCAUUCGGAUGCCUGCCAGAGGUCCUUAACUGUCUUCCAUCGAUGGACAAAGCCGACAGAGACGAUCAUGCUCGACUGAUUCGGGAACUGGCGAGCAUUCACCGAUCAGACCUAGUACUGGUCUGUUCCCCGGUAGAAUUGAAGCUACUCACCACCGUAUACAAGGUUCCGAAACAAAAACUCUGUCUGGCGUCUUUUUUCGUCGCACCCCCUCCGGAGGAAUCCGAUGCAAACAUAAACCGAUGCUAUUUCGAGAACUAUCUCUCCUCGCCGCCGCCACCAAACACAAUACAGCCCCGCUUUGUCUUUUGCGGCGGCUUUAAGCACGAACCAAACGCUGAUGCCGUUCGUAUUCUGAUUGACUUUGUAUGGCCUAGGGUGAGGAAACAACUCCCCGAGGCAACCCUUCACAUCUAUGGGGCAUUUUGUCCCGAUCAUCUCCUCCAAAUCAAUGACAGAAACAAGAGCAAGAACAAAACAAGCAGCACCCGAGGGAUCACAGUCUACGGGUUCGAACCUGAUCUGGCGAAAAUAUUUGGCGCCAACAGCAGCAGAAACAGCAUAUUGUUGGCACCGCUGAGGUUCGGUGCGGGGAUCAAAGGGAAAAUCAUCGACGCGUGGACCUUUGGGAUGCCCGUCGUAACGACGCCCAUCGGAAGCGAGGGCAUGACUAUGACCAAGAGAGAGGAGAUGGCACCAAACUCGGAUCCGUUGUUCGGUGGACGCAUCGCAUCCACUUUGGAAGAAUUUUGCGCCAACGCCAUCGAAUUGGCCACUGAUCCAGUGGCGCGCGAAGAGGCAAAGACCAAUGGGCGGUUUCUCCUGGCGAAUUUGUUUGCGGCAUCCCAGAACUGGGAGUGUGUAGAAAACAGACUUCUGGAGAUCCUACAGAAAAAUAGCGAUGGCGGUGAGGUUUUGUCAGAGCAGCGCAGGGGAGAUUACACGCAAGCUAUGCUCUGGCACCAGUCGCUGCGCAGCACGGAAUACUUUUCGCGAUGGGUCGAGCUAAAAGAAAGUAUCCGACGAACGGAAAAGGAAAGUUGACAUGAAAAAACAGGCAACAAUCAACAACAAGCGAAGGCUUAAAAUGAGGAAACAUCUGUAUGCUUUGAACAUUUGGACUUCAUCCAAUAUCACGUAAUAGACCUUCUUCUGCAUAUGUGCCUUCAGCAGCGCAUGUACUAAAAGAUGAGGACAAGUCGAUCACCGAUCAUGCUUUCUGAUCAUGAGAAAGCAUGUAAAAGAAAUUCUACGCUCCAAUUAUCGUCAGUACCCGAAAACAAAAUUCGUAAAAUUGACUGAUAAACAGCAGUUGUUGAAGAAGACAAAGCAAAGCAAUUGAUGAAACCAAAAAUUUAGCCGUAGGCAUUUUCACAAGGCCUCGCGAAUCUGAGAAGAUGAAAUAUGCUUUCAAACUUCUGAGCAUAUUGCCAAGUAAAUUUGAUUGUCGCUGCUCCCAAGCACACUUUGGAAAUAAAAUAAUAUUGACCAAUAUGA